AUGCUCGACACACUCAAGAUGAGCGAAACACAAUUGACCUUUGGUCGGACCGACGACUACAUCCUCAUCUCCAAGCCCAAGAAAGGCAUCGCCUACGUCGAGGCUCGAUUCAAGGAUGGCAAAGGCCUCGCCCACACAGACAAGGGAUGUCAACUUCUUCUCUCCAAACUUGAACGAGAAUGGAGCGCGCCCAAACUCAAAGAUGACACCGUCAUCUCCCUGGAGGCCGACCUCUUGAAGGAGCCCCUUUUCCACAAGGAAAUCCCGAGCGAUAUGUUCCACUCCCUUCGCGUGGUUGAAUUCCAAGGCCUUGAUCCUUCUACUCGUGUUGUCUCCGUCCGCGACGUUGCCAUCAAAGUCAACCUCUACGGCUGCACUCCAGAGUCGCCCUCUGAGUGGGACGAUGAGAGUGUCACCAUCCUCCCCAAUUCCAACGUCGACGGCCUCUGGGAACUGUGA